AUGAAUUAUGUCGUAUAAUUAGCGAGUUAUUAAUUAAUUAGUGUUGGGACACGCGGUAUAGAGUCAUGAAUCGAAACGGCAGUUUCGAUCGAUUAGUCUUCGGUCUCUAACCGAUAUUCUCGCUAAACUAUUGCUUGGUUUUGCAUAUUACACAAAACUGCAUUUCAUGGUAAACUUGUAUGUGUUCGUUUUUGAGAUCCCCUGCCUUCUAUUUUAUUUUUUGAGGCCAGUAUUUGAGUAACAUGUAUUUUUUAUUUAAAAUUAUAUCUGUUUAUCUAUGAACAUGGCUUUGAAUUCACAAAAAAUCACAUUUUACUCCACGUCAAAAACAACCCCCAUUUUCGACACCUGGUUGGCGAAAUUCUCAAUCCCAACUCCAAGAAAAACAAAUUUUGUUCAUAAAAACUUCUGUGUUUGCUAGCCUUUUUAAUUGCCUAAUGUUUAGUCAACCCAUUGCUUAUUUAACAAAAGUUUUCUACUUCGGCUUCGCAGCCGAUGAAGAUAGUUUGCAUGUGAAUUUCUAACUGCUUUUAUAGCCUGUUUUUGGGCUUGGUAGCGCUUUACUAUAGCUUAAGUUGAGCAAGUUGGCCUAGCUCAUAUUUUAAUGAAAUCCUUGAUAGUAUGCUCUCCUGCAUUUUUAAUUAUCAAUUUUUCAAUACUUUUUACCCAGAGAUCAAAGUUUGAGCAGACUUCUUGCUCACCUCAAUGGUCACCCCAGGGACCCAGUCCCAUUCCCGGGGAUUUUGCUGAGGAAUCUACUCCACCAGAAACCCCCACUGUACCCAGAUCGAUAUCACCCUCUGACAUCAUUUCUGAAGAAUCUCAUCAUUUUCCACAUGCCGUGUUUGAAGAAGAGAAUGAACCUCUUGAUCAAGACGAAAGUUCUUCAUCCAGAGAUGGAUUCGAUCAAAUGCAUUCACCUGCGUUGUUGCCGAUGUCAAACGCUUAUACAUCAACCUCUGCUGAAACUUCCAACACAGAAAAACGAAACAGGCAUAGUUCAUCCAGCUCCAAUGACUCAAACUCAUCGAAUGAAAAAUCUCUCACGCAGAUCAAAGAAAACAAGGAAUUUAAAACGAGAAUGGAGAAGGAUUUACGACAAGUUUCCAAACGAGCAAAGAUAGAUAAUCUGAAAGAAAAUGACAGAAUAAGAUCAAGGUCUCUGGAUAAUGAUAAAGGGACCACUAGUUCCAAUAUACCAGUAAAUAUUCAACCAUUUGCAGGUUCAUCUUCUCCAUCAGCAGAGUUAACUCUUCCUGAUAUAGGGAACUCAGCUUGCAGUCCGAGUUUCUUACAAUUUGUCAGUGAUACUUGCAGUGUAUCCCCAUUGGUUUUGAAACAUGCUGGUAGAGAUGUUGGUACAUCAACUUCUAGCACAACUGGUGCGACUUCUGCAUCUUCAUGGAAACAAAAUCGUAGACGAAAAAGCUCAGGAGCUGUCAGAAGAUUGGACGAAACAGAUACUACUAACACUCAAGAAAUCACGGAGGAAUUUGUUCCACAACAACCCACGACCUCAACAACAGAUCAAAAUGCGCCUGAACUUACGAAAACCAUGUCUAAUCCCUUACCAUCUCUCAAAGAAAAAGCUACCCCUACUGACCACACCAAAGAUUGUGCACUGACCGGUCCAGAGCCUGUGACUCCCAUCCAAGUCAUUCUAUGUUUGUUAUGUCAUUACUGUGAAGUGUCUGAUGCUUACGUGACGUCGCUUGCUCAACAAGAAAAUUGUACGGAUUGUAUGAUCACUUAUAUCAGAGAAUACCCAGGAAAGCUUGAUCCAAAAUUGAACAGAAUCAUAGAUCGUCUUACUUCAUGUCCCGAUUGUUUCCAUCAAAUUGUAACUUCACUACUUGUUACAUGUGUCGAUGCUGAAGCUAACAAGAGAAUGAUAAAUAAGGAUACUUUUGAUCUAAAUAAUGAUUCAGAGGAAUUCUGCACAAAAUGCAACAUGACAAAAACUUCUGAAUACAAAGAUCCACUCAGUAACAUGUGGCAUAAUAUUUCGCUAUCUCAUUCAUCAGUGUAUGGGGCAAACACAUUGAAGAGAAUGAUUACUAAAGGAACAGACUCAGAAGCAGUUGCAGCAACUUCAAUUGUAGUUUUGUUAUCUCUUUGGUGUAGUCGAUCUCUGGAGAGUAGAAAAAAUAUGUCCGAUUCUUUACUAAAAUACAUAAUUUCAAAUCUUCGAACAAUAUUGGAUCGCAAGAAACUUUACAUAUUAUGUGAUGCCAUCAUAAAUUAUGCAUCUACGAAUUACAUCUUUCAAUCUGCUUCUUACACUUUACAUAUACUCGCUGGACAUGGAAAUCGUAUAAAUGGCAACGGAACUGAAGUAGAAAAUAAUUUUGACAAUGAAAGUCCAGACUUGUUUGAAAUUUGUGAAGAGAAACUUGAUCAUGAAGACUUGAUACCGUUCAGCAUUCCUGUUGAAGGAAAAGGAACACAUGAGAAUGUUUCUGAAUGUGCAUAUUCUCUUCAUUGUUCAUCAUCUGAACCUGACAGAAAUCUUAUAUUUACUUCUGGUCAAUCAUCUAAAACUGAAAAGCAUCAACAUCAUCAUAAUACGAGAGCACGAAAAAUGUCGUCAGAGAAGAAAAAUAAUUCUUCGCAAGCUGUUUCAUCUAUCCCUAUCCAUUCUGAUAUAAUAAGUGGAAGAUCGCCAAUGUUCGGAGCAAUGCUCAGUGGAAAAUACAGGGAAUCCACAGAGAAGAAAGUUACAAUCCGAGAUGUGCUUUAUGAUGCAGCGUUAUACAUUAUUCAUAAUAUGUAUGGAUGCGAUGAAAACGACUGUACAGUAAUGAGGAAUAUAAUGUCAGAGGUUAUAUCAUCAUCAGAUUCCAGAUAUAGCAACUUCAUCGGCAAAAGUUGCAAUGCGGGACAACAACUUCCAGUUGAAAUAGAAAUAUUAAAAGUGCUGGAUGCCUGGCUUCUUCAGGACAAAAGAACUGAAUUUUACAAAAAAUAUAAAGGAUUUUUCAAUAAACAUUACAUGGAAAGAGAAAUUGCUGUUCUCAAGAGCCAAAAAGAAAAUCAAAAUUAUGAUAUAACAGGAGUGGCCACAAGCCAGAUCCUUGAGGAAGACGUAUCAUUUGCAAUUCCUAAAACUGAGUUUUGCCAAAAUUCUAGCAAGUUGUCUGCACAACCUCACGGUACCUCAUUUUUUCUUUUUGCUAUCAAUCAUAAUUUUACAGAUAUAACACAUGAUUUUGUCAGCAAUCUUCUUCGUCCAUGUUUUUUCAACCAUGAUCAUGAAUGCCACGGUAAGGUGUUUGCAAGUAUUUCUAAGAAUUGCGUUAACUUCACUGAAAUACUUUCCGAAGAGUUAAGUAAAGCCUUGAUCAAUGUUGUUGAUAUGUUUGAAAAUGUUAGAAGUUCUACUUAAAAAAAGGUUUCUAUUUUCUUUUCUUUCUAAAUAAAGAAUAUUU